AUGAGAGUUCAAGCUGUACUUCUACUGUUGGGAGGCCAGGAAGUGCCACCAACCAUGCCUAUGAUCCCAAUAAGCAAUAACCAAAAUGCCAAGGGAUUGUCUAGUACUCCACAGCGUUUUAGUGUCCCUCAGAGGUUGGCCUCAUUGAUUAGAUUCCGUGAAAAGCGAAAAGAGAGAAACUUUGACAAGAAAAUCCGUUAUGCUGUGCGUAAGGAGGUUGCACUUAGGAUGCAAAGGAAUAAAGGUCAAUUUACAUCUUCAAAACCGAACAGCGAUGAUCCAGUAUCAGCAUCAAUAACUUGGGAUUCAACCCAGAGCUGGGCGUUGGAUGGUAGUGGGACCCAGCAACAAGAGAUUGUUUUAUGUUUUCUAGAAUUGGUAUUCGCAGAGAAUAUCCACUUGGAGCGUGUGUCCCGAUCUCCCGAUUGCAUUUGUCCUUCACCCACGAGCGCAGGGAGGCGAAGCGGCCAUUUGGAUUGGGUCCUGCCGAGCUCCAUUGUCCUUCACUCACAAGCGCAAAGAGGCGAAGAGGCUGUUUGGAUUUGGUUCGGCCGUUCAUCGGCCUGGUUUGCACCCACUGCCGGUAUCGCCAGGCUGGGUCGAGCUCAGCAAUCGGUGAUUUUUGUCGCGGCUGAUCAGCAGAUCUUCUCUUCGUCGUUCAUGGCGUGGAUUGCUUGGAUUGCUUCUCGGCCCGAACCCAAAUCCGAUCCAUUAUGUGGCCCGAACUCCUCUCUGCCCCGAACCCCAUCCAUUCUGUGGAUUGCUUCUCGAUUUGCUUGGGUCGGCCAGAUGGGCCGACCCAGGCCGGCAUGUCAAAGGGAGGUGGGGGCCGACGGGAGGUCGUUGUGA